CCAAAACAACGCCUACGAAGGACAAUAAAAAGAAGGAUGCGUUUCGAGUUGUCUAGUUAAGACCUCUAACCGACGAUACUCCCGCAGUAAAGGAGCAAUCUUGUAAGGAACCAAACCGUAGCGUGGGACCUCGAAAACAGAAGAGUUGUCGCGCAGCUUAUCACCGUGCCACUGUGCAGCAAAAGUAGCGAUCUCGAGCGUUCGAAAUGGAAGCGCUAAGAGCAACAUACGGAGAGGCCUCCUCCGACUCAGACUCCGAAGCCUCCUCUCCACCAACUCUUUCCACCAAAUCGAAAACCCAAACAGAGCAGACACUAUCUUCCCCUCUGCCUCCACCUCCUCUUUCUCUCCUUGACCCUCCUAAUGCCCUUGGGUCUCUGGAUUACCUGCAAACUGGUCAGCCCAGUAGAGUCAGAAGCUUCCCUCACGUCGAAGGCAACUAUGCUUUGCACGUCUACAUCCCAGUUUAUAUACCGUGUACAUCAAAAAAAGAGAUUGGUAAGUUCUUGAAGAGGGUUGCAACCUUUGUGCCCGGUCUUCAUGUUGUCGACAUUGAUGUUCCAUUGAAUAUUCUGUGUAAAGAGGAAGAUAAACUUGAACAAGUUGCUUUGGGAAGGGAAUUCCACAUAAGUCUAGGAAGGACCGUUCCUAUUAGAGUUCACCAGAUUGACUCUAUAGUAACAAUACUUCGCCAGAAGCUUCAGUUUCAAAAGCGGUAUUGGAUUGAUUUUAACAAAUGGGAUGUUUUUGUCAAUGAUGAUCACACACGCUCCUUUCUUUCACUUGAAGUUAUUAGGGGAGGAUUAGCUGAGAUAACUAAGCAAAUUGAGGGUGUUAAUGAAGUUUACAAGCUUCACAAUCUUCCUGAGUUUUAUAAGGAUCCACGGCCUCAUAUAUCCUUGGCUUGGGCACUGGGAGACCUUAGUGUUCCCCUUAAGCAAGUGGUCAAGGAAGAAACAAGGACAUCCAGCUUUGGAGGUUCUUUACAGAAUUGUAUAUGUACUAGUAAAUUCGGCGGCAUUGAGUGUAAAAUUGGUAAGAAAACAUAUAAGAUAUGUAAAUCUCUUGAUGAACUAUAAAAUCUCCUCAACCUCUUGUGGUUAGCCUUUGUAGUUUAUUUGAAUUAUGUUACCAGAUUGGAUUAUUGUGAAAGUCCAGAUAAAGAACCUGCUGUUAGGUCCUUAUCGACCA